AUGUUCUCAUCAAAGCAUCAAGGAGGAGGACUACUCUUUGUGGAAAAAACGGGUGUCAAUCCCAUCAUUUCUUUACAGCGUUACUAUAAUACUGAGCAAGCCCAUGAAACAAGAAAGAUAUCAAUUCGCAUGGAGGAAGAAGAGGAAGAAGAAGAAAAAGUUGUAGAAGAACCACAGGAAGAAACCAUAGAUUGGGACCAAGAUCCGUUACGGUUAUGCUUACAAGAAGCUCCUUCUACACCUACACUGCCUCCACCUGUGAUUUUACCAUCUGAACUAUACGAGCCUGCACAAGAGAGUAUCGGCAACGAUGAAAAAGCACCACCGCCCGCUUGGUUAUAUGAACGAGACCCCGAAUUAGCGACAAGCAUGACUUCUUUUGACACAGAAACUAUCACAGAUGAAACCUGGGAAGCCAUCUUUCAUCCACUUAGUACGUUCAAGCACAAGAAGGGUGAAUUAGAAUAUUUGGCUUGGAACCCUUCUAAUUUACCAGCUGCUGCUGCUCGCGUUGCUUACCGUGUCAUGCAUGCUCGUGCAUUUGCUCCAGAGUCAGAUACAGUUGUAUCUGAUGUAGAGCCCACUAUUCCAACCAUCUUGCCUUCACCUCCACUAAAACCUUCCCCUGUGUUAUCCCAAGAAUUAAAAAACGAGAUAACAGUAGAAGAUCAAGGUUAUUACUUUGACAUGCUCAAGAAUAUCCGAGCUGAUUCCCAACCAUCUCCCACAUCAUCGUUACCACCAAGGAUUGCUAAGCGAUCUUUACUAGACAUGAUCAUUACCAAGAAACAGGAUGUUAGUCAAUAUAUGAUGGAAGAAGAAACACCCGUGACAACACAAGCCAUGAUGAAGGAUCCAGAAACUUGUUCAGACGAAAAAAAUAUGAAUCGAUUUUGGACAGAAAAACGACUAUUUUGGUUUGGUUUCCUAUGUCCAUUACUAUGGUUUUAUGGAAGUUAUUAUAUUCGUGCUGCAAGAAGGAAUUUAAAAGAUCCAACAAAUUUGGUUUGGCAAAGAAAAUGUAGAUUGGCUUCCAUUUACUUCUCGGUCAUUGUCUCUGUGGUGGUCCUCGUAGCUGCUGUCAAGGCUGCAGGGAGUGCAGGUGUACGACAAGCUCAAUCUGGAAGUAUCCGUGCCGUUAUUGCUAACUAA